GCGUCCUUGAUGCGCAUUCAUGCAUACAUACCAUUCACUUGGAAUAACAUUCUUAUUUAGCCAGAUUGGUGCCCUAAAUUUAAAAAUUUAACUAAACUAAAGCUUAGUCCGACAACUGAAAGAAAUGUGAAUUAUCAUAAAAAUCGUUUUACUGAUUUGGUGAAUGCUGAUACCAUGACGAGGUCAGAAUAGAAGAGGGGUGCAGACGAUCUUGCCAUCAGUAUCUCCAUACCAUUCCAUACUUAAUGAAACAAACAUCUGUUCAUCGGCACUUUAAUAAGUGGACAUUGGCGUUUUCAGAGCGUCUGUCUUUCAUGCCUCAUCUCUGAAUGCGGUUGUGUGUAUAUUUAUGGCGUAAAGGGAGGGGUCCAGUGGGAUGGAGCAGAGUUUCAUGCAGUCCGCGAUGGCUAUGGGUGCACAGUACAAGAAAGGCUUUUCUAGGAGCAUUGCCGUGGAAAGAAAAAACCUCAUCACGGUUUGUAGGUUUUCUGUGAAGACACUACUAGAGAAGUACACAGCAGAGCCUAUUGAUGACUCGUCUGAAGAGUUCAUUAACUUUGCUGCUAUUCUGGAACACAUCCUUAGCCACCGCUUUAAAGGCUCUGGCAGCUGGUUCGAUGGUCAGCAGAGUUUUUGGGACUUCAUCCGUCUGGCAUGCAGUAAAGUGCCCAAUAACUGCAUUAGCAGCAUUGAGAACAUGGAGAACAUCAACUCCUCUCGAGCAAAGGGCAGAGCGUGGCUGCGAGUUGCACUAAUGGAGAAACGGUUGUCUGAAUACAUCUCCACAGCUUUGCGAGAUUGCCGCACCACCAGGAGGUUCUAUGAUGAGGGUGCCAUCAUGUUGAGAGAGGAAGCAACUGUUUUGACUGGAAUGCUUAUUGGACUUGGAGCGAUCGACUUCAGUUUCUGUCUGAAAGGGGAGGCUCUGGAUGGGAAGUCUGAGGCGGUUAUUGACUACACACCUUACCUGAAAUUUACACAAAGUUAUGAUUAUCUCAGUGAUGAUGAGGAUGCUCAGAGUGUGGACAGCAGUAACAGUGAUGACAGCGUUGAGCAUCCAUACAUUCCUCUUGUCACAGAUGAGGAAAGCUGGAGGAACAAAUGCCGCAAGAUGGAGCAGAGAUUCAAGAUCAUCAAUGCACAAAAGGGCUAUCUUGAGGAACUGGUGAGGUUAAGGGAAUCUCAGCUGAAGAGCAUGGAGACAGAGAAUAAGAGACUAACAGCAGGUCUACAAGAACUACAGCUACAAAGUCAGAAAGAAAAGAGAGAACUGGAGAACAUUAUACUGGAGUUGCAGGAACAACUGACAAGUCUAAUUCCAGGUGAUUCACAUCCGCUGUCUAAGGAUUUGUCAAUCUCUCUUGUUAACCAAUGGCCAUCACUCCAAAACUACAACAACCAGGAGGAGGGAAAACUCUUCUGCAGGGGCAGUUUCCCAAGCCCUGAGUCAAAUAUCAGCCUAACCUCAGAUUCUCUGAGGACAGAAAGGAAACAGAAUGGACAAGCCUGGUGCACAGCAGCAGGAUCAACCGAGGAGUCACUGUCAGGUUACCCAUUCUCUCAAGGUCAGCAGGAGUGGCAGACAUCUAAUGAUAAAGACUACACUCCCCCUAUGUUAGGUCUGUGUGGAUCUCUGGCCUCUUUACCCAGCUGUAAGUCUCUACCCAGCCUGAGGUCUACGGAGUGCCUGGUGAACAUCAGCGCAGAGCCCAGUCCUGCUCUAACCCCUAGUUAGGGGCAAUCGAAUAAGUCCAAUGCCAAAGGCAGAGAGAAACCGCUCUGUCAGCUAAGGUGUCCAGAGAUAUCGGGCCCUACUUUAAGAGUGCUAGCGCUAAGCGCAUCACUAUGCUUGAAGUCAUAUGUGCAAAGUCAAUAGAAAUGGCCAUGAAGUUUUGGUAUUUUGGUUGAAUCGGCAUGCACUUCAUUUCUACCGGUUGAUUUUGAAAAUAUAAAUACAUUUACUGAAACAUGUACAAAUUAAAGCAAAAAUAUUUCCAAAUUCAAAUUACACUUCAAACUAAAUGAAAAUAUAAUCAAAAUAAGACAGUGGUAAAAAAAAAAUUUUUUUUUUAAAAAUCAUACAAAAUCCAAACAUUUUACCCUUUUCAUCUUCUUCCGCUGGCCCCUUUUGCAUUGACUUAAAAAAUACAAAUAUAAAUGUAUGAUCUGUAAAUACAAUUGUAAAUAUAAACGUAAUGAUAAUAACUGAAAAAUAAACCAUGACCUUUAGUUUAACAUAAAUCUCAUAAAUGUUUGUUUCAUAAAACGGCUAUGACAGUGAUUGUAAGGGAUAAAUUAGAUUUUCCACUAUAUUUUCAGAGUUUUGACAUGAAAUUUAUUACCACCUGCUAGUGGAAUCUCCAAUCUUCAAAUGCAGGAACUGAAUUUAAACUUUGCGCUGGGAUAAUACAUGGCUUUGAAACGUCUUUCUAUUUCUCAGGAAAACAGCAAAUUGUGCUUUGCGCCACUAAAUUACCAUACAAUACACCCACAGUUUGCACGUGUACACCCAGAGUUUGCGCAAACACUCCCACCCAUGCUCACUUUUGCUUUGUAAUGGCACGUAAAAAAAAUUGCACUUAUAAUUAGCGCUUUCACAAAAAUUGGAUAAGACGUUUGGCACAGUCAUAGCGCACAGUGCUACGCUUUGCGCAUUCACAAAAAUAGAGCCCAUCAUGGCUUAACUAUGACCUGUGUAACUUAUGAUACCUUCAUUUUCCUAAUAUUUUAUUUUCUCUUGGCCCCUUAAAGAGGAUGUGGUCCUACAGUAGAUAUAGCAAGGCCAUUGAAAUCUUGGCUAGGGAGCUAAAACCUAUGAGCUGCCUUGCUGUCUACUGCCUACUGUACAUAGGCAGCUGUGUUCUAAGAUGAAAAAAAAAAAAAAAAGUUCUGUGAGAACGGCUCCUAAAGCAGUGUCCUUAUGGAAAUUCAACUCUGUGCAUCAUUUAAGUAGUGCUUCUCACACAACCACCAUGUUAGACUUGACUCACAGUUGAUUUCAGUAGAGUUUGGCAUUAACAUGUUGCUAUGCUAACAAUGCGAUACUCUAAUAAAAAUAAAAUACAUAGCAUACACAAAUAUAGAAUAAAUAAGUCAAUUUUAAUAAAAGUGCAAUGAUUUUAAGUUCAGUCAUAAAACUAUACAUGGCACAAUCUGAUUGGCUCACACAUUCCAUGGCCCAAGCUGAUUUGACAUGUAAUCGGGUAAACAAUUUGGCUUGCAUACUCCAUGACCCAAGCUGAAAGGUCCUUUGACAUCAUCAUCUGUUAACUGAUCAGCUUGCAUACUCUCUCUUUGUCUAACAUUUAAAUUGCUCAGUUGUUUGCAGACACGCCGGUUUCACUGCAGUGCACUACAAGAGUUUUCUCUUCUGAAACCCUCCUUCUCCCCUGCACCAUGCAUCUAGUUCUGCUUUAAGGGGAUUGUAUGCAUGUCAAAAAGUAGUGUAGCAGAUCUAGUCUACCAACACCAAACCUACCAACUUUUUCAUUAUAACACUUUACAUUUAUUUAGAGAGUUGUCAUGACUGAACUAUAUAUAUAUAUAUAUAUAUAUAUAUAUAUAUAUAU